GCUGUGACACUUCUGUAUUGGUAUGUCUAACUUUGUAAGCAAGUAGUUUUUAAGUGAGCUGAAAUUUGAGGGAUGCAAAGAAAAUCAAACUCCUCCUGCAAGGGGUCUGGAAGAGAGGAGAACCACUGGUAGGCAACAGGCCCUGUGUCUCUGAGCUUCCCAGGAGGGAGAGGGUGACUGUCCCAGUGCCGCUGCAUCCAUGCAGUAUCUUUGACAUUGUUUCAAAUAGGAUGGCUUUGGAGAAAUCUUGGGUGGCUGCAAGAAGUCAGUAGGUUUGGCCAGGUUAUUACUCCACAUGUGUUUGAUGUUGCAGGACUGAAGAGGCCUGGUUACAGGAAAUGCUACUGCAGAACCUCCCUGGUGUUGAAGAUGGGAAGAACAGUGAUGGGACACAAGAAUGUGAGCCCAGUGAGACGAAAGUGGAGCCUGAAUGCUUUUCAAAGCCAAACAAAACUAUUAGUCCUGGGGCUGGAAACAAGGCUAAUGUGAGCUCAAGUCCCAGUGACAAAGUUGGAGUGGUUACCAGGAAAAGAUCUUGUCCUAGUCCUAGCCCCAAGAAAGCUGCUCAGAGUCCCAGUCCCAAAAGGAUAUCUCCCUGGAGAGGUAGUCCCAAGAAAGGCCUUACAUCAAGUUCAUUUAACUUGUCCCCGAGGGCACUUGCCAUUAGCCCACAAAUCACACGUCGCUCCUGGUGUCGCUCCAGCUUGAAGGGAACCAACCGCCGGAAGUCACUCCCUCCUUUUCACCAGGAUGUCACAGAGCUAAGUAAAUCAAUCAGCCUUGAUUUACCUGAGACUGACAGGCUUUCCAUGCUCCUGCUGUCUAGUUUCCAGUUCUCCGCCCAGAAGCUUGAGGAUUUCUUGAAGCAGACUGAUGGCUUCAGCCCUGAGGCUUUUAAAGCAAACGUGAAUUCAGUUUCAGAAGAGCUGAUGCGUUGCACUGAGAGAUUGAAACUAGAUGGAACGCUAAAGAAAUGUACAGAAGAGCUGACCGGUAUUUCAUCAGACCCUGCACUAAACACAUCAUUGGCCCAGAUGAAGGAAUAUAUAACUAGGUUUUCUACGGAGUCUCAAACUUGGGAUCAGCUUCUACUGAGUUUCCAGAAAAGUGCAGAAGAAAUGUCCAGACAACUGGAGCAGUUCAAGAUGAAUGAAGUACAAAUGGAACCUGCUAGUUAUCUUGGAGCAUCACAGGCCAAAGUUCUCAGCAGCAAGCCAAACUAUCAGCAAAUACUAGAUAGCCAGGGUGAGGUCUUUGACUGCAUGGAAAUCAUGUUGGAUGAACUACAACAAGCAGUGAACUUGUUGCAGGCUUUCACAGAAGAGAGUACACAGUACCUCCGGAAUCUAUCGGAGCAACUUGGUAAGCAGAUGUUCAUCAUUAAAUACAUAAUUUUUGUUGUUAAGUAGUAAAACCCAGAGGGCUGCAGAGAAAGGGGGAUUGAUUUUUUCUUCUCUCAUCUCUAAAUCGCUUUGGUGAUGCCUUGACAAGCUGUCAUUAGAGGAGGGUUUUUUAAAGUGGUGACAUUUGCUGUGCACAAUACUUUAGACCACUCCAGGGUGCAUUAAAAAAC